AAAAAUACAGACAUCCGACAUUCCAGUUGUCUAUAUGCCCCGAUCCUCAACACCUGUCCCAGGGGAUGAGUCACUCAUGUGGGAUGAUGAUGACCUUACAACAGAAAUACAGGACCCUCAUGACACCACAUACGAACCGAACCAAACAGAUCCUAAUACGACCACAGAUACCUCAGUGUUUGAUAACUCAUUACGUGAACAUCAUGAGGUGGACGAAGUGAUGGCUGCAGGCAGCAGUGCUACGGAUACAUUGCCAAACCACGAUGCAGGUGCCAGUGAGCAUUCUACCAGAAAUGAGAGGUUCAAGUGUACACAAGGUGGCUCCAGUGGGUUGCGCGAGAACAUGUACAUGGUUUCAGAGUCAUGCCUCCUUCAGCUGCUAAGAAUUUGUCCUGAAUGCUUGUCACCAAAGACAGUGACAGAUUUCAACUGUAAAGGAUCAUGUCUGCGUGCAUCCAUCACAUGCAAGAAUGGUCACACCAGGAUCUGGUACAGCCAGCCCUCAUACGGUGAAAAGCCAAUUGGAAAUAUCCUGAUGAGUGCAGCAAUACUGUUUUCCGGGUGCAGUCCCACAAAAGUACUCAGGAUGUUUCAGUUUCUCGGGCUUGCAAGCAUCAAAAAGACACAGUAUUUUAAACUGCAGCAGUGCUACCUCUUCCCUGCAGUUCAUCAGGCAUGGAAAUCCGAGCAAGCAUCUCUUCUGAGCACCAUCAAGGAGAAGGCUUUGUCCGUCGCGGGGGAUGCUCGAUGCGAUUCUCCAGGUCAUUGUGCACUAAUGGGAACGUACACACUUCUGGAGACAACACUGAAUAAAAUACUUCAUUUUGAGCAGAUAAUGUCGCCUGAAGUUGGGUCCAGCAACCAAAUGGAGAGAACAGGCCUCGAACGAGCACUAGAGUACCUUGAGCAACAAGACAUGACAAUCGAUAUGCUGAUAACGGACAGACACACAGGCGUAAAGGCGUACAUGAAGACAAAGACCAUAAAACAUCGAUUUGAUGUGUGGCACGUUGCUAAAGGCAUCAAGAAGAAGAUAAGUACUGCAGCACAAACUAAGGCACACCACGUACUAGGCCUGUGGUGCGAAAGUAUCAUACGGCACUUGUACUGGUGUGCCAAAACAAGUUCAGACAAUGGGGACGAGCUUCUAGCAAAAUGGACAUCUAUCAUGCGACACAUCAUUGAUAUCCACACACACCCGGAUCCACUGCACCCGACGUGCUUUCAUGGUGACCUAGGGGAAAGGCUGUGGCUGCAAGAAGGCACAGAAACCUACAUGAAGCUCCAAAGCAUACUGUUGUCCAAGCAUCUGUUGGCAGACAUUCCAAGGCUAUCCCCAAGAGAACAGACUUAUGGACUGGAAGCUUAUCACAGUCUACUCAUACACUUUGCCCCAAAGUGUAACAGCUACACCUACGAAGGAAUGCAAGCAAGAACCGAGAUUGCUGCCUUGCAUUAUAACCACAACAGCGCAAGGACCAUAGUAAAGAAUGAUGAUGGAUCUGACAAAUACAUCUUCAAGGGAUCGAAACCGAAGAAACAGUGGGUGAUCAUCCCACAAAAAGAGAGCGUGUCAUAUGGCUACAUAGACAAGAUCUUCACAGAGCUUGUCAAAUGCCUCGACAAAUGGCCUACUUUCGAGGAUGCCGAGCGAGGAAACCAGCGAGUGACACGGCCAACACUAAGCAGCUCAUAUGGAGAGAAGCCAAACAUGACCGAAGCAAGACGACGCCAUUGGAGUCGGUUCCAAGUAUCAGCAGUGGCACAUGAAGAGAACGAAUGUCAGACCUAGAUGGAUUGCUACAUAUCUGUGUGCUCCAUAAGGUUUUUGCAUGGGUUUAUAUGGGUCUGGAUGAUCUAAGCAAUCACAGAGGACAUCACAUAAUUACUUGCAAACAAAGCUCCUGCAUAACAGUGAUCAGGCUGCAGGUUAUUACAGCAGGGGGUGCACGUAAUGAAUGCUUGAUGUGCUGUAAACAAUGUUGGGGGUAACCUGUUACUGUAUAACUAAGCUACAUUUUUGGGAACGUUAACUCAUUUCUUCCACCCAACGUAAGAAAGCACAUCAUGGUACAGCAUCUUUCAUCAUAUCGAAUACUGGUGUUAAUGUGAUGCGACAAAAGUAGUGAAAAAUGUCUUGGACCACCCAUUGCAACUUCAAUAUCUGUGUUAUAGAAAUGUCAGUAAGUUUCAGUACUAAAAGGUGUCCAUGAGGUAGAAAGUAACUUGGUAAUAACUUGUUACUUUUCCAAGGUAACUCAGCCACUUAGUUCAUUUGCCUUACGUGUAACUCGGUUAGUAACUUUUUUUGUGCAGUAACUGGACUUGUAACAAGUUCCUUUUCUCAAGUAACUUCCACAUAUCCGUUUGUGGUUAUUUGAUUUGUAGCGAAAGGACAUUCAGUUCAUAUGGUGAUCUACAAUGAUGAGAGCACAACAAAAGUGUUGGGGUUUAACCCGAUUCCUCCCCGAAUUGAAGGCUGCCUGUUUAGGGUGAAACCAGGUGUUUACCCAGUAAAUUGCUCUUGCUAAGACAUCUGUAGGAAUGCACACUAGCUUGUUUCGCAGCAAAUACAGUUACGUUACAGUACGUACCAGUACAGUUAGUUUGAGCAACUCAGCCGGUUAGUUGUGCCCGAAUUUAACAUACCGGAAAUUUUUCCACGCAAAUUUGCAUGAAUUUGGAGUGCAUGUUUAUUUACCAGAUUUUCACCCCUAAUUUAGACAAAAAUAUUUCCCGAAAACUUCAGAUUCUAACAAUGAUCAAUGGAUGUAAAACAAGCCAUGCACUUGGACACAGCAGGGGAUGAGUUGGGUGUUCAUACUGCAGCAGUGUAACGUCCAUCUAACCAUAUCUAAACUGAGUAACCAUUGAAGUGCUCCCAGGUAUGAAUGUUACUGCUUUAGUCAUGUGUAAAUAUUUAAUACCAAAGGAAUGUGGUGGAAGGUAAAGGAAUGUGGUACAUCAUGA